AUGCCUGCUCCUCGCGAAUUCAGUUUGACAUUCGAAGCCGCCCCUCAACCCGCCGCCCGCCCCGGUCUCCCCUUCACCGUCCCCGUCAUAGUCGCCGUACAACCUAUCGGAACACCCUCACGCACAUUACAACUCGUCGCCAGCGCCAGUCUCCGCGACGAAGCCGGCACCAGCCCCGCGAUUGGCCUCGGCGGCAAUCUGACUGCAAAUGUGCGGAGCCGCACCGAACCUUCAAUGAGCGGCUACGCCAAAUUCACCGGCCUGACCAUCUCGCGACCAGGCAAAUAUCGCAUCCGCGUCAUGCUCAGCACAUCCUCCGUCAACGGCGUAACGACCAAAGAAUGUGUUGAUUCGGAGGUUAUCCAUAUCCAUGCCGCUGCGCCGGUGGCCCAAAGGCCAACUCCCACCACGGUGGCAAAGUUGCAACGGCUGACGGCUGAAAACUUGGAUAUCUCGGUGGCGGAUAUCGCGAAAUGGCAGAGUGCAUGA